UUUUCACUUGUAUGCUAGCCGUAUUCACUUUAGCAGGUUAACUACUCAAUUAAUGACACAAACACGUUAAGGAGUUACUUAGGCUACACGUGGAGAUGCGUAUUAUUAUUAGAAUUGUGGCUAACGCAGCUAACAUUAGCUGACUAAAUUAAUGGUUGUCUUCUCUACUGGGUUGUGAGUGUUUGGCUAAUCCAGAGAUAAAAAUGCCGCAGUCAGCAGCUACCAUCAGUGGGGUCCAGAGCAUGGUUCUGUAUGAAACCAGAGCCAGGUAUUUUUUGGUGGGGACCAAUCAGGCACAGACCAAACACAGAGUCCUGAAGAUUGACCGCACAGAACCUAAGGACCUGGCCAUUAUCGAUGAUAAGCAUGUGUACAGCCAGCAAGAGAUCCGGGAGUUGCUGGGCCGCCUGGACCUGGGAAACCGCACCAAGAUUGGCCAGAAGGGUUCCUCGGGCCUGUCCAGGGCUGUCUCAGCCUUUGGAAUUGUGGGGUUUGUACGUUUCCUCGAAGGGUACUACAUUGUGUUGAUUACCAAGCGUAGAAAGAUGGCUGACAUCGGUGGCCACUCCAUCUACAAAAUUGAAGACACCAGCAUGAUCUACAUCCCCAAUGACUCGGUCAGGGUUGCACACACGGAUGAAGCGAGGUAUGUGCGGAUCUUUCAGAAUGUGGACUUAUCCAGCAACUUUUACUUCAGCUACAGCUAUGACCUGAGCCAUUCGCUGCAGUACAACCUGACUUUGCUGCAGAGGCCGUAUGAACUGUGGUCAUCACCAACUUCCUCCACUGAAGAAGAGGUACAAAAACAGAGCAAGCAUGACAGCUUUGACAUCUUUGAAGAUGAAGGUCUGCCUACACAAGUGGUGUACGGCCUCCAGAAUGAGCCGUACUACAAGUACGUGUGGAAUUGGAAGCUGCUGGAACGAGUCAAGGACAUCGUGCAUUAUGACUGGCUCAUGUAUAUAAUCCACGGCUUUUGCGGCCAGUCCAAGCUUCUGAUCUAUGGCCGGCCGGUUCACAUCACCCUUAUUGCCCGGCGCUCCAGCAAAUUUGCCGGGACUCGCUUCCUCAAAAGAGGAGCCAACUGCGAGGGGGAUGUGGCUAACGAGGUUGAGACGGAGCAGAUCAUCAAUGAUGCCUCAGUGAUGUCUUUCACAGCAGGAAGUUACUCCUCAUACGUCCAGGUGCGCGGUUCAGUCCCGCUCUACUGGUCCCAGGACAUCUCCACCAUGAUGCCAAAACCCCCAAUACGAUUGGAUCAAGCUGACCCAUAUGCUCACGUGGCUGCGCUCCAUUUCGACCAGAUGCUGCAGCGUUUUGGCUCUCCGAUCAUCAUCCUCAACCUGGUCAAGAAACGAGAGAAGAGGAAACAUGAGAGGAUUCUGAGUGAAGAGCUCUACCCAGCCGUGAUCAACCUAAAUCAGUUCCUUCCACCAGAAAACGGCAUCGACUACAUUGCCUGGGACAUGGCCCGCUACACCAAGAGUAAAUUGUGCAACGUUCUGGACCGUCUGAGCAUGAUAGCAGAGAACGUGGUGAAGCGCACAGGUUUCUUCAGUAAUCGCUCCGACUUCUACUGUCAUACCAUCAGACCAGAUGACAGGUGGGGAGAUUUGGGAGGACACAUCACAGCCACCGGACGGGUGCAGACUGGUGUGUUGCGGACCAACUGCGUGGACUGUCUGGAUCGGACCAACACGGCCCAGUUCAUGGUGGGGAAAUGUGCCCUGGCCUAUCAGCUUUAUGCACUGGGAAUGAUUGACAAGCCCAAACUCCAGUUUGAUACUGACUGUGUGAGGUUGUUUGAGGAGCUGUAUGAGGACCAUGGAGACACGUUGUCGCUGCAGUACGGCGGCUCCCAGCUGGUCCACAGGGUCAAGACCUACCGCAAGAUCGCUCCCUGGACACAACACUCGAAAGACAUCAUGCAGACACUGUCGCGCUACUACAGCAACGCUUUCUCAGAUGCUGACAGACAGGAUGCCAUCAACUUGUUUCUCCAAGUCUACCAGCCAUCAGAGUGUAAGCCACACCUGUGGGAGCUGCCCACGGACUUCUACCUGCAUCAGAGGAACAGCAUGGCUCUCCCCCAAGACAGACGCAGUUACACACUGUGGUGGUCAGCAGGGAUCUUGUCCUACCUUCCUGUGGCCUAUGAUGAAGUCUCCUGUGAGGCCAACAUGAAGAAGGUCAAAGUGAAGAGAGCGAACCGCUUUGAGGAGAGUAUUGACAUCUACACAGAAUUCUUCAAACCGUAUGAGCUUACCUCCUUCGAUGACACCUUCGGCAUCGCCAUGACCAACUCUACACGGGAAUUCAUGCCCAAGACUGUUGGAGUGGAUCCAAGCCCAUUCACCGUUCGCAAGCCAGAGGAAACAGGAAAGUCCGUGCUGGGCAACAAGAGCAGUAAGGAGGAGACGCUGCUCCAGAGGAAAACUGCAGCGAGCGCCCCUCCUCCCCCGAGUGAAGAGGCCAUCAGCAGCACAUCGGAGGACGACUCGGAGGAGGACCGCGACGAUGACGGCUCCGUGUCCCAACGCUCAACGCCGAUCAAACUACUAACUGAGUCUGGCGAGAGCGCUCGGCCACAGGAGGAGAGCCAGCAGCAGUCAGUUAAGGAGCCCUAUGGACUCAAUCUGGCUAAGUUUCCGGCUGAGAAGGACCUGCUCAUUUAUGAAAGGUUUGCACACCUGGGCGAGAGCCAGCACAGAGUGGAAAGAACGGAACAUAUAAACCUGGCAAACAUCAUCUGCUUAGAGCCGGUGUCCUGCUUCCCGGAGGACAGCAUCUACGGCCUUUCUCCCCCGCAGGUUGACCGAGACAGCCGCGAGGAGUUUGAGAGCCACGUGUUGACGGGUCAGGGCCAGGUGAGGGUGCUGUGCAGGGAGGACAUGCUGAUGUACAGGGAGUACGUCAAGAACCGAUGCAUGUGAGACACGGACUGGAUCCCCGUUACCGAGAUGCAGAUCCAAUCCGACGCAAGCUUCCGAUUUGACGUGACUUUUGAUUGUAGCUGCAGGACCGAGCCAGAGGAGGUUUUCUCGCAUUUACGUUUCGCUUCACCCACGUAACACCCAUGUGUCCUGUAUUUGGAACAGGUUGAUUUAUUUUUAAUUUUUAAUCAAAGUCAUUUCUGCGUUUCAAUAGCUUCAAAUCUUAUCCAGUUAUUUGAGUUUGUUCAUCCAUCCACACAUGCCUUAAAAGGCGACCUAUAUGGUGCUUUUUCUUUUAUUUAUUUCAAUUGAAUUUUAGUUGCUAACUGUUUUAAUAAAGUAUAUUUAAAUAAA